CCCGGCCCGGGAUCGAGGCAGAAAGCGAGACAGCCCGGGCCCCCGGCGCACUUCAACUGGGCGCCGCUGCCGGCAGUGCCUGACGCCGGCCCGGCCCGGUGCCCACCUUCCUGUCUGCCCGAGCGGAGGCUACUGCAGAAGCGAGGCUGGGUGUCUGCUCCUGCUGGACCGAGGCCCAGGCCGCGCCUGUCCAUGAGACUGGCCUUUAUCCCCACCAUGGAGGGAGGCUCAAGCCUGUGCUGUCAAGACCCCUGUGCAGAGCUGGUGGAGAGAGUGGCUGCCAUUGACGUGGCGGAGCUUGGGGAAGCCGGCCGGGGAGACGACUGCGCUGUCUUCUCUGCGGACGGCCCCGGCCGAGCCCUCCCCAAGAACAGCGGCGCCCCCGAAGCCCGAGAGAGAAUCCCAUCGGCGCCCUCCCUGACCACGAGAGACGCCCACCCCCAGAGCGAGCCCGAGAGCGUCCCUGGCCGGCCCUCCCUGUCCAACAGGAAGCUCUCUCUCCAGGAGAGACCGAGCCGAAGUGGCCUCUCUGCUGCCUGCACCUCCGCGAGCGGGCCCUGUGCAGACCGCAUCUCCCCCCGCGCUGUGCGCCGGCCCACCGUGGAAUCCAACCGCGUGUCUGUCUCGGAUGUGGAGGACUGUGUGCAGCUGAACCAGUACAAACUCCAGAGGGAGAUCGGGAAGGGCUCCUACGGGGUGGUGCGCCUGGCUUACAACGAGUCUGAUGACAAGUAUUAUGCCAUGAAGGUGUUGUCCAAAAGGAAGUUGCUGAAGCAGUACGGAUUUCCACGUCGUCCUCCUCCACGAGGCUCUAAAGCUGCUGCAGGCGGUCAGACUGUACCCCUGGCACCCCUGGAUAGGGUGUAUCAGGAAAUUGCCAUCUUAAAGAAGUUGGACCACGUGAAUAUCGUGAAACUCAUCGAGGUCCUGGAUGACCCCGCUGAGGACAACCUCUACAUGGUUUUUGACCUACUCCAAAAGGGCCCUGUCAUGGAGGUGCCUUGUGACGACCCCUUCACGGAAGAGCAAGCUUGGCCCUAUCUGCGGGAUAUCAUCCUGGGCCUGGAGUACUUACAUUACCAGAAGAUCAUUCACCGGGACAUCAAACCGUCCAACCUGCUCCUGGGAGACGACGGCCGCGUGAAGAUCGCGGACUUUGGGGUCAGCAAUCAGUUUGAAGGGAAUGAUGCCCAGCUGUCCAGCACUGCGGGUACCCCAGCCUUCAUGGCCCCGGAGGCCAUCUCGGACUCGGGCCAGAGCUUCAGAGGAAAGGCUCUGGAUGUCUGGGCAACAGGCAUCACCUUGUAUUGCUUUAUCUAUGGGAAGUGCCCCUUCAUUGAUGACUCCAUCCUGGCCCUUCACCAGAAGAUCAGGAAUGAGGAAGUCGGAUUCCCAGAACAGCCCCUGAUCAGUGAGUCACUGAAGGACCUGAUCCUCCGGAUGUUGGACAAGGACCCCCAGACAAGGAUCGUGAUCCCCGAAAUCAAGUUACACCCCUGGGUGACCAAGAACGGAAAGCAGCCCCUCCCCUCGGAGGCGGAGCACUGCACUAUGGUGGAGGUGACUGAGGAGGAGGUGAAGAACUCGGUCAAGCUGAUCCCUCGGCUGCCCACAGUGAUCCUGGUGAAAGCCAUGCUAAGGAAACGUUCCUUUGGAAAUCCAUUUGAAACCCACUUCAAAUCAGAGGACCGGCCUCCACCAAGGAACUUAUUAAAGAAAGAAGACAGUACCAAGGAUGUGCCUGAUGCCCAUGAGGCCCGGCCUGCCUCCUGAGCCCCACCGUGGCCCCUGCGGGGGUCCUUGCACUGCUGCUGUCACCGCCCAUCCCGUUGCACGCCGCCUCCAAGGGGAUCAUGCGCCCACCCCAUGGACCGCCACCCAGAACCAAAGGUUGUGAAACAACCUCCCCCAAAGGGGAAGAGGAGGGACAUGUGGGAGGGGAGGAGGAGCAGCCGCUGGCCGGCCGGGGAGCUUGGGUGACCACGCAUGGGCCAAAAUCCUUGCCUGCUGGUCCCGUCCAGCCCCAGAGGUCUGUGUGCAUCCUCAGCCUGUGCCUCAUCUCCAUCUGUGCUUGAAUUCCCACAGUGCGUGGUCACCAGCCUCCUAGACUUUGACGAAUGAAUGUGCUUAAGUUAUCAUUCCAGUGGCAAAGGAGCAUCCCGUCCACGCCCAUAGCCGUGGGUGGGACUUAGAAUGUGGGGGAGGAAUGCUCUUCAGUGAUAAUUCCCCGGGGUUCCUCCGGCUGGUGGGGGAAGGUCCCAGAAAGUCCAUCCCUGUAAAGGGGAUAUCGGAGUGAGAUCACGACUCACUCCCACCCGAGGUGAGGGGAAGGGAUGCUUGCCCAGAGCUUCAGUCUGACGGCUUGUCACAGGGGGUGUGACUAAAGUAAGGCAGCUUCUGAGGAGGCGCCUUUGUGGCGUAGACAUUCAUUCUAGUCCCUCCCCCCACCCCAAGGAAAGAAAGAAGAGCCUCGUGUUUAGAAUGGGAGUGAUCCCUCCCCAACCCCUAGCCACUGCACCCUCUCCCCCUCUCUUGACAUACCUCUUGUCAUUCUUUAUGUGGACCCUCCAGUCAUUGUCCUGAGACUGGGAGGCAGGAAAGAGCAGUGGGUGGAAGGAUGUGCCCUGGGGCAAUUUCGGGGGUAAAUGCCCCCAUGCCCAGGAGCCCGGGAUGGGGAGGGCAGAAUCAGCAAGGGACAGUGUACACAAUGACUCUGGCAGCAGAUUUGGGGAGACCAGCUGAGGGCAGGACAGUGUGCUCGGCAAUAACUGGAAUUGGGAUCCUUCCCCAAAUCUUUAAAACUAGAGAGUAGAUGAUCCAUCGUUUCCUAGCCUUCCCAAGUCAGCACCAUUUGGUCUGACGAGGUCCAAAUGCCCCCAGGGAAAGAGAAUCAUUGGGCUGUUCUUCCGAAAGAAAGCAGCCAAGCUCUUCCACAGCUUGAGCCUGAGCAUUCAGAUCGACUCUUGGGAGAGAAAUGAGAUCAGCUAAACACGGGAACACUCGGGCUCGUGUGAGUGUCCACGGGGUUGGGUCAACGCAGCCACCCGGGAUGAGGCCUUUUGUCUCCCCUCUGGGCCAGAGGCUUCGGUGGCUGAUGUUUGUACUCAGUUGGACCACACAUUAACGGGCACCAUUUCAGGCUGCAGACCAAGAGCUGAGAUGGGAUGCCCAUGGGCAGAGACUGCCUCUUCUGAACUCAGGUCAUCUCUCUGCAGAUGGCACUUGAUUUAGGGCGCUAAAAUCACGUGAAUGUCUCAAACUUCUUUUUUAACUGGUUGUUGGUUAACUGGUGAAACAACAGUGGUGGACAGCCCCUGUUGUUGGGGCCUGAGCACCACUAUGGGAGAUGUGCCAGGCCCCCACCCUUUGGGGGAGCUCCCAGGCUAGGGCAGGAGACCACCAACAGCCAGAGAACAGCAGACACACCAAGCCCCAACCACGGCUGCCAGUCAGGAGAGCAAAUUUUAAAAGGGAACGUUCUGCCAACUAAUGCCUAAAAAUCACGUUCAUAUCCUUCCAAAACAGUAAAUCCAGAAACCAGGUAGUUCGGAGAAAACUCUGGGAUCCGUGAGCAGUGAGGUGAAAAACAACGAGGACCGACCCCAAGGGCUCCCCAAGCAGGCACACAUGCUUUCUCCACACACCUGUUCCACACGUGUGCAUGCUCUAUGCAUGAUCUGUAUUAUAAUGUAGAUUUGCUUGUAUAUCAGUCUCUAUAUUCACUCUCAAGAGGUGGUGGGUGAGAUAGAAAAGAAAACCCUGAUGGGAGCAGCUAGGAGGAGAGAGACCCCAGGCCUCUCUUAGAGCUAAGGGAACAGAGGCUUCUGGGGGGGGGGCGUCUGCUGGAAACUGAGUAUGCACCCAGGAAGGCCUGGGAGGGUCAGUGGGCCACAUGUGGGCCCAGUGGGCACUGUCCUCCAGCACUGGCUUAUGGGUAAGUUAGGGGCCGCCCUUUGUCCCCUGCUCCAAGGAGCCAUGCAGAGGAAAGCAGCUGGAUUGGUUGGGAAAGAGACCUUUUUUGUGUGCCUGGGUGCCCAGCAGGGCCUCCACAGAGUCUUUGGGCUGCACCCACGGGGCUAACCACACUGCCUGACUCAGUAGCCAAGCAGACCUGAGCAAAUCCACAAAUCAGGCUCCGAUCCCAAGGACCCUGAGCCAGGACUAAGGGCUCCUUUCCCCCACUCCUCUCUUCACCUGAAGGUUCCUCCCAUGCCCCUUCCUGGUCCAGCCACUAGCCCUUGCCACUCUUCCAAGGGUGCCCCUGGCUCUCAGUGCUAUGUUGGGCUGACCACCUGAAGACCCCACCAGGGACAUGUGCAAGUCUCAGGUGGGGCUCUUGGGCCAGCCCCUAUGCCCAGGAGGGUAUGGUGUAGGCUGGAUUUCGUAGUUGCCCAGACAGCAUGAAUCCUUUCUCCUGAGGGAGUGGGGUGAACCCCACUCAGACAUCUGACUUGUCAUCCCCCUGGUCCUGAGAUCAUGGAAGGGCUGUCUGGGGAAGGAGUGACCCAAAGAGCUCAGGAGGGGUAACUUUCUGCAGGGGACACAUUUGGAGCCAGACUUGAGAGGAGCUGGGAGAAAAGGGAUAUAUGACUAUUUGGAGAAUUGUGGUCAGACGGCAUGGAAACCUGGACAUACUUAUUAAAAUGUAGAUAUGCGAAAACCA